CGGUUUGUGACGACGACAAAAAGUAAGAAUUCACCCUUAUAUAAUCUUCCAGUACUACACUUCAACUCAUACCACUUCACCCACCUUCUUCUUUCUCUUCUCUUCACUCUCCAUUUUCUUCAAUUAUUAGAGCAAAGGGUUGUAAAAAAGCUGAAAAUUUUAUUCAAAUGAGCCAAUUUUCCACUGUUUUGCCACUUAGUGUAUCUGCUAGUUCUCCAACUGCAUCAAGUACUUCUAUUCCUUCUGAAAUGAAAGCUUGGAGUUAUACUGAUUAUGGAAAUGUUGAUGUUUUGAAGUUUGAGUCUAAUGUUUCAGUUCCAGAUAUUAAGGAAGAUCAAGUGUUGAUUAAGGUUGUUGCUGCUGCUCUUAACCCUGUUGAUUUUAAACGACGGCUCGGAAUAAUCAAGGCCACUGAUUCUCCACUUCCUGCAAGUUUCAAACAUCCUUUUCUUGUUUCUUGAAUUUGGUUUGAAUUC